AGAGCAGAGCAACUCUAAAGAAUGGGGCCCAAGUCACCAAUUGUUGUUUCACCUCUUUCUCACCUUACCCCUUGUCCCUAAGGCCCUAUGUAUUUGUUUACAAAUACUAGAUUGAAAAACAUGGUAUUGGAAAGAUGCAACAAUCAUUCAAUUGAUAGAGAACAAAGAAAGUACUCACUUUUUGGGAUAAAUUCUUAAAUAUUACACGUAGAAUAUCUUAACUUUUAUUUUAUAGUUUUAUAGUUGCACUGGUCAGUAUUUUUUUUUUUUCAUUAGCACUAGAUUAGAUGGUUACACUUAAUAUCACCAGCUAGACAUUAUAAAUAGAAUCCCCUUACACACUUAUCCCUCCUUACAAAAGUGUUACCACACAAGAAUAAUUGAAUAAAUACCUUUUUCUUUUUUGAAAGAAAAAACCCACACAUUUAUACAAGAAUCUAAGAAUAUGGCCACAUCUUCAACCAGCAAAACAAAUGAAGGUCAAAUUACAGAUCAAAUGAAUGAGGAAGAACUAGAUUAUUUAUAUACUUAUCAAUUGAUCAAUUCUUGUGUUCUUCCCAUGGUUAUGAAGGUAACCAUCGAGACGGGGGUGCUGCAGUUGAUCAAUGAUCAGGCUGGCCUCGACGGGCUUUCACCAGCAGAGAUAGCAACCAGGGUUCAGAUACUGAACCCAAAUGCACCUGCCAUGCUAGACCGGAUGCUCUGUCUUCUAGCCACCUACGACGUUAUUGGGUGCACCGUGGUAGACACGGCUGAUGGUGUUGAAAGGCGGUAUAGUCCCUCGAGGGUAACUAAGUUUCUGGUGCCUGAUAAUGAUGGGGUGUCAUUAGGUCCUCUGUUGAACCUAUUUGUUGAUAAGAUCUUCAUUGAGAGCUGGAGCAAGCUUAAAGAAGCAGUAGUAGAAGGAGGGAUACCGUUCAACAUGGCACAUGGAGUGCAUGCAUUCGAGUAUCCAAGUUUGGACGCAAGAUUCAAUGAGGUUUUCAACAAGGCAAUGUAUCAAUCAACAACAUUCACCAUUAAGAAGAUUCUUGACAAGUACAAGGGUUUUGAAGGCAUAGAAACUCUAGUUGAUGUUGGUGGAGGUCUUGGCCAUACUCUUCGUGUCAUUAUAUCUCAAUAUCCCUCUAUCAAGGCUAUCACUUUUGACUUGCCUCAUGUCAUCGAAAAUGCCCUUCCAUUCCCCGGUGUGGAACAUGUAUGUGGAGAUAUGUUUGAAAGUAUUCCCAAAGGAGAUGUCAUAUUCAUGAAGUGGGUUUUACAUGAUUGGAGUGAUGAGCAUUGCUUGAAGUUGUUAAAAAAUUGCUUCAAGGCAUUGCCGGAAAAUGGUAAGGUCAUCGCCGUGGAAGGAAUCAUGGUAGACAAGCCAGAUACUACAGUUUCCGCCAAAGUCAUAAGCCAAAGAGACUUGCUUAUGAUGACACAAAACCCAGGAGGGAAGGAGCGGAGCAAGCAUGAGUUUGAGGCUUUGGCUAAGGCUGCUGGUUUUGCUACUAUCAACUUUGUUUGUUGCGUUUAUAACCUUUGGGUUAUGGAGUUUUACAAAUGAUAUGGACUCACUUGAUACUAAGCUUGUUUAUGGUCAUUUAGUUCAUUAUGUGGCAUGUCCUUUAAAUAAAACAUAUGAAGAAUUGUUUUUGGCUUCUU